UGAGAAGUUGGCAUAAAUGGGUUACUGACAGGACAUAUCAGGCACAGGUCGGUUGCUGGACCGGAAAAAAAGCAAUAAUGCGAAAAGAAAAAGGAAUCCACCCGAACCAAAGCAAAGCCAUAUGCUGAUGCCUGCUUGUCAUAUGAUCAACUCUCCACCCUCACACUCCAAUAAUCACCACGCUGCCAACUGAAGCAGAGAGGCAAACCCUACACACUUCUCCUCUCAUUCAGCUUACUUAACGAGGGAAUACUUUUCAGAUUGUUCUUUUUCUUGACCUGUAAAUGGAGUCAUCUCUUGAGUUGUCAAACUCUAUGAGCAGCGUGUCCUCGCUGCUGAAUCGCUCCCGCACCUUUAAAGUUCUGGUGAUCGGAGACUCCGGGGUGGGGAAGACCUGCCUCACACACCGACUCUGUGCCGGGGAGUUCCCCAGCAGAGUGGAGGCUACCAUCGGGGUGGACUUCCGCGAGAAAGUCCUGGAUGUCGACGGAGAGAAAAUCAAGCUCCAGCUGUGGGACACAGCAGGACAGGAGCGUUUCCGUAAGUCCAUGGUGCAACACUACUAUCGCAACGUCCAUGCUGUGCUCUUCAUAUACGACGUGAUCCGCCCUGCCAGCUUCAACGGCCUGACUGCCUGGGUGGAGGAGUGCAGGCAGAACUCCCUCGGACAUGACAUCCCCAGGUUCCUGGUGGGUAAUAAGAGUGACCUCCGUGACCCCCGGAGGACCGAGGGCCAGGUCAACCAGGAGCUGGCAAUGAGUUACGCCAAGGCCAAUGGCAUGUUGUUUUUUGAGACUUCUGCCAAAAACCCACCAGACAAAUGUGUGACGGUUCGACAGGGUAAAGGGGAGGUGCCUUAUCAGCAGGACAAGCUGGAGGACAUCGUUGUUGCUCUCGGCGCCAAGUUAAAGAGGCAGAAGAAAGUUUCAGGAGCGAACGCCACAGCGUGCAACAAGUCCUUUAACGUGAGCAGGAAACGGGCAGAGAAGGAGCAGUGGACAUGCUGCUGAGACAAAGAGGACUUUCAGAUGGCAGAAUGUGAGUUUUUACUGUGAUUGUGUGUGUGUGUGUGUGUGUGUGUGUGUGUGUGUGUGUGUGUGUGUGUGUGUGUGUGUG